CAUUCAUGCUGAAUAUGCUUUUAGGUUCCAUAUGUAGAGGGCUAACAUGCGUACAUUCACAUCGAAGAGAGUCAACAUAGCGUUGCGAUUGUUGUGACAAAAUAGUUAAAGCAACGAGCGGAUGAAGGCAUAGUAGAGCACCAAUAAGAUCAUAUUCCUGGACUCAAACAAAGGCAUGGGUAAGUAUAAUACAGAUAAGAAUAAGAAUCAUUUUAAGGGAAAUUUUGUGCGUUUGUGAGCGGGUGUUCCUAUUUACCUAAGUUGCCUAGUACCGUGUCAGCUUGCUAUCUGUUCUGAGAUCAUCAACAUGUCGUCAUAAUCUCGUAUCAGCUUGCCAGUGGUGACUCGUAUUUUCAUUGAUCUGACGAUGCCAUGAACUCAGCUGUUUGUGUUGGGGAUUAGGGUGAGUUUUAUGGAAGGAAUCACUGCACUGGUAUUGUGAUUGGAAUAAUUUUAGGGUAAACAAGAGAUGAAAACUUGCUUUGUUUAUCAUUAUUAUCUGUACCUGAUCUAUGUACGCUAGCUGUGGUAGGUGCUUAAUUUGUGGUAUAUGAUUAUCUUAAUGGAAUAAACUCGCUAAGUGAUUGCCAGGCCAGAACCUCCUUGGCUGGUGGCUGGAGGACAAGACAGCCAGCAGGCAGUCCCAAAUAUUAGUUUGCCUAAACAUAUAUAUUUGAUUUGUGCGCAAUUAUAGAGCGAGGGAAACUAAAAGAAAAUUGGAGCUAAUGUUCACUUUCAAUAUGUAACCACCCUUGGAAGGAGAACAAGCUUCUCUUACUUUCCACAUCCGGAAAUAAAAGCAAACCCACAAUGAUAUUUUUAUAUGACAGAAGCAUAUUUGAACUUUGAGGAAAAACAGGAUUUCAAGCCACACUCUUUUGCCAAAAUGUUCAAAUGGCACACAAAGAAAAAUAGCAUCUCAAAUAAAUGGCUUCCUGUCCUUAUUGCAAACACUAAAGGAACCACUACCCUCCACACAGAAAGUAUCUGACAGCACCUGGCAUUUCCAUGGGGACUUUUUGACUGACGAUUGACUUAAUUAGAAACGGUUAUUCGGUUCAAAAAAUUGGAAACGGUUAUUGGUUUUACUUCCUUGAUAGAGGCUUUAAUUUAAGCAUGUAAUAUUUACUAAAACGUAGUCUUUCACUAACAGCUGAGUUAGGUUAUUCUAGUUUUUAGAGGUUCAUUGCUAUGGCCGUGUUUGGAUCCUAUUGUUAGUGUUAGUGUUAGUUUUUAACCCCUUCAAAUAACCCUCCAAAGAAAUAACAUUUACUAGUUUGGAUCCUAGUGUUAUUUAGCACUUAAUGAUACUUAAAGAACCAAUGCUCUCUCUUUUUUCAGUGGGGCCCACCAGAAGUAACACAAUAAUCACUUCUUGGAGGGGUUAGAGUUUUAGGGUGUGUUAGUGCCAAAUAACAUACAAAUAACACAUAUGUUUGGCUCUUAAGUGUUAUUUGAGAGUUAUUUGGGGUGUGUUACUAAAUAACACAUGGAUCCAAAUAGGGCUUAUAUCGUUUGUGAAACAUCUGCUGCCACGCAAGUAGAAUGGUAUGUUGAACGUAGUUUCGCAGUAUCUCUGGUUAAAUCCAGACAUCCUGUCAUCAUUAGAAAUACUGUUUCUUUCGUUCUUUCACAAAAAAAAAACGCCAUCAUUCCCCUGAUGGACGCAUUGGUGCCUCCGUCUUCCCAGCAUAUAUUUGUUCUAUUUGCCACGCAGAAUCGAUCUCACCCUUUGCUGAUGCAAAAAUCUAAGGUCUGAACUCUGAUGAAAUGGCAUUCUAAUCUAAGCUCAGUAUCAUCGCUCUUCGCUCAUCAGUAACUAGUACCCAAAAUGCAAUACCACCAAGAAUAAGCAACUUGUCCCCGGCCCAGUUUCUCAAAAAAAAAAAAAGUUGGCCCAGGUCCGAGCUGCUUUUCUCUUGGGCGGCAGCACCAAAGGAGUGCGUCCACGUGGAAAGGCCAAGAGGAAGCGGGCCCCCACGAUCCGGCCGUCCAUCACGAUUUCGACGGCUACAAGGUGAUCGUUCUUUCCUAAUCGGCCGUCCGCCCCCAAAGCCCCUCUCCAUUUCCAGUUUCCAGGCCGCCGCCACCAUGUCCCUCUCGGCCGUCGCCUCCGCCGCCGCCGCGUCGACGUCCCUCUCCUCCGUCAAUCCCCGCCGAUCGUCGCCUGCGUCCAGGGUCCCGGCGCCGCUUCGUCGAUCCCUUCCAUGCAGGCUCCUGUCGUCGACGCCGUCGUCCCACUCUCCCCUUAGGCCGGUCUCCGCCAUGGCCGCCCCCCGCACCGCCGCCGGCGAGGCUGCAUCAAGGAAGAAACUCAUCAUCUUCGACGCCGAAGAGGACCUCGCGGCUUCGCUGGCCAAGCGCACGGCGGAGCUGUCGGCGAGGUUCGCUGCGGAGAGGGGCGCCUUCACCGUCGUGCUCUCCGGCGGAUCCCUCGUCAAGGCCCUAAGGAAACUGACGGAGCCACCGUACCUGGACGCGGUGGAUUGGAGCAAAUGGCAUGUGUUCUGGGUUGACGAGAGGGUGGUGCCCAAGGACCACGCGGAUAGCAACUACAAGCUCGCCUCCGAUGAGUUCCUUUCCAAGGUGCCAAUUCCUGCUGGCCAAGUUUAUGCUAUAAAUGAUACAGUGUCAGCCGAGGGGGCUGCAGAGGACUAUGAAACUCGUUUAAGGCAACUUGUCAAGGAUGGCGUGAUUGGAAUGUCACCAGUGACAGGUUUCCCCAAGUUCGAUCUUACGCUUAUCGGGAUGGGGCCUGACGGCCAUGUCGCCUCGCUCUUCCCAGGUCACCCUGUUGUCCAUGAAAACCAGAAAUGGGUCACCUUCAUCAAGGAUUCUCCGAAGCCGCCACCGGAGAGAAUAACAUUCACUCUCCCCGUGAUCAACUCGUCGGCAUAUAUCGCACUUGUGGUCACCGGUGCCGGAAAAGCUGGCGCUGUUCAUAAGGCACUUUCAGAAGAGCAGAACACAUCAGAUUUGCUGCCCGUCGAGAUGGUUUCGCUUCAAGAUGGAGAGCUCACUUGGUUCACUGACAAGCCGGCGGUGUCCAUGUUGUCGAGCAUUUGAAGCCAUAGUCGUAUAAGUUUGCUUGAAAGUUGAAACUCUCGUAUUGAGUACUUCAUAAAAGACUUGAUGGAUAUCCAUUAGGUUCGGCAGGAAAUUGUGAGUUUCGUUUGUAUUAUUAUAGUGUGCCGGAGAAAUGUGUCUUGGGUUCCAAUGUCUACCAAAUAAUCAUCAAUUAUGGUGAGUUUUUUUUUUCCGGACCAGCGAGCC